GGCGCAGACACGGCACGAACCCAGACCGACCGACCACAGAAGAACGAACGUUAGUACCAUCACCAUCAGCUUGCAUUCAACAUCGGUGCGUCUUCUUUGGGUGUUCGCGCGGGUGAUGGAAACGUUGAAAAGAUGGUGAAUUACAACGAUCUGUGUUGCGAGAGGCCCUCGAAGAACAACAAUCUCAUCUUGCCAAUCUGGGAUAAGGAGCUGUUGGAUAAGGGCAGCAAGAAAUCGCCUAACUAUUGCCUUCUCAGCGUGUUCUUCGCCUUCGUCGUGGGCGUCUCCGUCGGAGUUUUCCUUCCUCUCAUUCACACGCACUCAAAGAAGCCAACUCCAAUCGUCGUGGUGGAACAAUCAACGUCCUCAUCGUUGAUCCUCGAGGAAGGCGGUAAUGGAAGCGCUUACGAAACGGUGUCUUUCGUGGAUAGGAUUUCGAGGACGGGGGCGUCGGUGGAUGGGAACAUCUACUGGAGCGAAAGCGUCGAAUCGUCGCUUCCUGCAGGUUACGGAAGGGCCGCACACGAGCAAUGGUCGGGGUAUGUGCGAGGCGCUGUCGGAGUGAAAUUGGAGAGAGGAUGCGGACGCAUGCAGAACCGAUUGGUAACGUUCCAGGAUGGUACCAGGGGCUGCGUUCGCUACCGCCAAAACACCGAUCAAAUCCAAGGAGAGCUCUUCUCGUUCUUCCUCGCUCAGCUCUUGGGCAUCCCCAAUUUGGCUCCAUCCACCGUCAGCGUCGUGGAUUUGAAGACACCACUCUGGUCCGGUCUUUCCGCCGAGAUAGCAUCCGCCCAAUGGGCUACGAAUCGACCCAUCGUACUCACCAAGUUCAUCCCCGAUCUGGAUUCAUCCGGGAUUCCGGCACUCUUCAGGCCUCUCGAGCGACAUCUCAAUCGCAACGACGUUCUGAACGUGUCCGGAGAUGCCAGAGCUCUGGUCGAGUUAGCCCAGUGGUCCGACCUCAUCGUCUUCGAUUACCUCACAGCGAACUUGGAUCGCGUCGUCAAUAACCUGUACAAUUACCAGUGGAACAGUAACAUCAUGGAGGCACCGGCCCACAAUUUAGCACGUAAACUGGACACCGAUCUUCUCGUCUUCCUGGACAACGAGUCCGGACUUCUACACGGUUACCGCCUGCUUGACAAGUAUGAGAUCUAUCAUACGAUCCUGCUGGACAAUCUGUGCAUGUUUCGUAAGCAGACGGCCGAUGCCAUAAGGACCUUAAAGAGGGACGGUAAUGUGGGCGAUCUGCUGAGGACCAUGUUUGAGAGGACGAGCGCGGCACCGGUGCGCGACGUCCUGCCGCCUCUACCACCUAAGAGUGUCAAAAUUCUGAAUGCGCGCAUCGAAAAAGUUCACGCCCAGAUCACCAAGUGCGAAGCCAUCUUCGGCGACACGUAGCAACCACCUUCAACACCGUCUCUAUCAUCAUCAUCACCUCCACAACUAUCGAAUCAUCCAUGAUAUUUUUUUUGUUUGUUUUCCCGAAUCGAUUGUGAAAUUGUUUAUACCGCAGGAUUUUAACGCAAACAUGAACAAACGUUCAUUCUCUCUCUCUCUAGAAGAUUAACCUGUAAGUAUAUCCUAAUUGUAAUUACAAGCCACUAUUCAAUACGUUUCACACUAAAAAAGAUGAAAAGAACCAAAUUAUUUUUGUCAAAUUAUAAAUCGACUUUCAAUAAGAGACAAAUAAUACAUUUUUUGUGACA